GCGCCCGGAGCGGCCAUGGCGGUGCCGGUGGCGGAGCCGGCCCGGGCCGGGCCCCGGCUGGGGAUGGCGCUGGGGCUGGCGGCGGGCGCCGGCCUCUGCCUCGGGCUGCUCUGGGCCAUGCGCCGCCGCUCCAAGGAGACGACGAAGCCGCCGCGCCACGUCCAUACCAUGCCCAGAGCGCUGCUCCCGGCGGAUGCGGGCGAUGGAGCCAUGCCCAGCCCCCUGCUGAAGAGGGACGGGGAGCUGGAGCUGCUGGAGCGCCUGGACUGCAUGGUGAGGAGCAUCGUGGAGCUGAGGAAGGAGGUGGAGGAGCUGCGGAACAGCCUCCAGCACCUGGCGGUGGAGAUCGUGGGGGAAGUCAGGACCCACCUGGAAGAAACCCAGCGUGUGACUCGCCGGAGGAGGGUCCCCUUCCCCAGGGAGAGAAGUGACUCCACAGGCUCCAGCUCCAUCUAUUUCACAGCCAGCUCAGGGAAUAUCAACACAGAUGAUGGAGAGAGUGAAGGGGGUUACACCACGGCCAACGCCGAGUCCGACUACGACCGGGAGUCGGAGCGGGAGAGCGAGGAAGGGGAGGAUGACGUGAGCUGUGACACAGUGAGGGCUGUGCGCAGGGAUUCCCUGGAUCUGGUCCCUGAGGAUGAAACCCCUCUGGUCCUGGAUUCCUUGCUGGAGGAGGGGCUGGGGCAGCUCCUGGAGCAGGCUGACCGGCUACACAGCGGGGAUGAGCAGGACAAGAGAGAGGGGUUCCAGCUGCUCCUCAACAACAAGCUGGCGGUAAAGUACGCGGGGCAGCAGGAAUUCCUGUGGCGCCUGGCGCGGGCGCACAGCGACAUGUGGGAGCUGACAGAGGACGCGGAGGAGAGGAGAUCCUACGCCAGCGGGGGGAAGGAAGAGCUGGAACUUGCCUGGCAGAAAUGGGAUCAAAGCGCUGAGUGCCACCAGUGGUUUGCCAUCCUUUGUGGGCAGGUAUCAGAAUAUGAGAGCAUUCCCAAGCGCAUCCAGGCUGGAUAUGUUUUCAAGGAACACAUUGAUAAAGCCAUUGCCCUGAAGCCACAGGACCCACAGCUCUACUAUCUCCUGGGCAGGUGGUGUUACCAGGUUGCCCACCUGGGCUGGCUGGAGAAGAGGACGGUGUCGGCGCUGUUCGAGGCGCCGCCGACGGCCACGGUGCAGGACGCGCUCCAGAACUUCCUGCGGGUCGAAGAGCUGAGCCCAGGGUUUUCCAAAGCAGGAAGAGUUUACAUUGCCAAGUGCUACAAGGACCUCGGGAACGCCUCGGCGGCGGUGCUGUGGAUGGACCUCGCUUCGGAGCUGCAAGGGAACACCAAAGAGGAUGUAGAAAGCCAGAGGGAACUUGAGGAGAUGCGCUCGGUCUGGGAGGAAUAAUUUUGGCAAAACUCAUCCCAUUGCAGAGACAGUAAAAUUCCAAAUGGAUUUCAUGAUCCUGAUAAUUCCAAGUACACUUCAAGGAUAAACAACAAGAGCUUACAGGAAAAGACCCAGCAGCACAUCCAGGAAAACAUCUUGGAAUUAAUGGGAUAAAAUCGUGGUUUAGUUUCCUUUGCAGGGCACUGCAUGUGUUUGAUUUUAGGAUCCCUAAAAAUGUUACAUUCCUGAAAAAUGGGGGGGAGUGUGGGGGUUUAUAGGUAGAGGUUGUGAUAUAAAAAUAUUUGUGGUUUUAUAUAUAUAUAUUUAUGGCAGAUAUAUGUGAGAUGGAUACUUUGUGAUAUAAGUAUGUAUUAUAUAUAUUUUAUAUAUGUGUGUAUAAAUAUAUAUAUAUAUAUAUCUCUUUAUUUAUAUAUAAUAUAUAUAUAUGCACAUAUAUAUUUUAUAUCACACACUCUGCCUGUUGGGAAGCCUUGCUGGUGAGCUCCCAAUUCAUUCCUGAGGAAAACUUGAGCCAAAUUUUUUUCUAGUUUAUUUGUAUUCUCUUUUCUGUAGUAAUUAAUGAUAUCAGUUGUAAUAACUGAUAAAAGCCUUUUGUGGAUGUUUUGGGGAGAUCAGUUUCCAGGUGGGACCAAAGAACAUUUCUGCACAAUCCAGACUGGAUUUUAAGAGGUUCAUUUCUUUGUGAAAGAAGCGAGGAAUAGGAUUUUGUUUAGGAUUUUGAAUUUAGGAUUUUCUCCCAGUGAUGUUUCUGUCUUCCCUCACACGAGGCUGAAAACUUCUGUCCCUCCAAACCGUGCUGCUGUGGUUUAAAUGGAAUUACUGAGUUGGGGAAAUAGUUCUUGAUCAAAGAACAGGUUACAGGAGCGGGAAUAUCCUGUGGCAAAGAUGAUGUUUUGCUGUGAUGAUCUUCUGCCACUGACCAGAUUCAUUCUCUUCGAAUUAAUUAUCUCCUGGACUAACGAGGUGAUGCUGAGUAGGUGAAGCCAACAACUGACAUUCCUCUUGUGGCUCCUGAGGACCAAACAGGAACAGGGAACUGUGCUGGAUGCUGACACAGAUGGGGAAGGAAAACGUCUUGUGGAAUUCCCCACAUCAAGGCUUUGUUCAUAUCCCUUAAAAUUCCAAUGGCAGCUACUGAACACUAAUUCCUGAGUGUCUGUUUCAUGCUGGGGGGGUUGUGAGGGGUUAAGUGAGGAGUGUGAGAGUAAAACAUUCCUGAAAUCAC